AAUGAUAUGAGUUGGCUACUGAGUAGAGAGAAGGGGAACAGAACAGCAAGAUACAGCAACAUGGGGGAGUGCAGAGGCUCUAUGGGUGUAACGUUGUUGUGGAUCCUGCUGUGGAUAUCUAGAUACUGUCAAGGACUCUCAGCUGAACAAUUGUCAAAGAAGAUAUUUUUCGUUGAGAAGACCAGUAACAGAGUCACUCUCCCAGUUUCCCCUGCAGUUCCAAAAGGGACAGCGCACCAAUGGAUAUGGACCUCACAUGAUGGCAGACACUCAAACACUUCAGUAGCCCAAAUCACUUCACCCAUGAAUAGACAGGAUCCUAUCUCACAAGGAACCGGAUAUGAUCUUUCCAUCCAAACAAUAUUUGAAAAUGCUGGAGAGUUUGUGUUCAUGCAAACCAAACCAGAUGUAGCAGUUCUGGCAAGAUUUGAGGUGUUUAGUUUUGUGUUUAAAGUGACACCAAUUGAUCGUGUUAAUCAAGUGUAUCUUGGUUCUGAUGUUAGUGUGCGUUGCGAGGUGUCCAGCCUACCAGAAGGGGCCACACUUCAGUGGGAAAGAGAGGGAGAUCCCACUUCUAACACCACGUUGUUCUACAACAACACUGCCCACAUGGUCAUCCACACUGUUGAUCAGAAUUACAGGGGAAGAUACAACUGCAAUUUCAGACUGAAUGGAGAAUUGUUGUUUACUGUUUAUACUAAACUGAAUGUGCAAACACACACAUAUAGUAGACCAUUAAUACAUUUGUUUCGAGAGAGCAGCAACAGCAGUGAGGUGAACUUGAUCUGCAGGUAUAUCUCCACAUACCACAGAGCCGAAUGGACCGUGACCAAAUCAGUUACUUUGACUUCAUAUAAUACAGAGUCAUUGGACAAGGUCAGAAGAGACCGAUUCUCAUCUCCUCCGUUCAACGGAUAUGAUUUCCCACUGCAUGUCUCACCAGUGACAUUUGAGGAUGGUGGAAUGUUCACAUGUUUCUUUGAAGGCUAUAUAUUCGGCUCGGUUAAACUCACAACCAUUCGAGUAUCUGAAUCUGGAGGGCCCCCUGGUGGCCAGCCGGUUGUGCUGAGGUGUGAGGUGUCGGAGGUGAGCGGUGACCCUGUGACCCUGGCCUGGAUGAGGAUGGAGGGGAGCAGGGGGCUGCUGGUCAAACAGGACAUCCUGACAGAGAGUCACCCCAACAGGACGCUCAGUGUGACCCUGCCCAGCCUCUGCAGAGACCAGCUGCACUGGCAGUGUGUUGUGUUCACAGAGGGCAUGCUCAGAGCGACAGCCUCCCUGACCCUCACACUCCCCACAAACACACCAAUGUCUUCAAUGACAGAUGACAACCAUCUGCAGACUGUGAUCAUUGUGGCCUGUACUGCUAUGGUUGUUGCUGGGGUCCUGGUUGGUGCUCUGGUGUUCUACCUGAAGAGGAAGAAGACAGCUGUGACGACCCUAACACUGACCCAGAAGAAUGACCCAGUCUACGGUAACAUCACAGAUCCACAAAGAGACCAAGAGAGCCAGGGGGGUCAAACAGGGGAAGAUGAAAAUGAGGAAGUUCAUUACUCUGAGUUUGCUUUAUGUGAACCCAGGCUUGGUGAUCCCAACAUAGUCACAGCAGGGUCAAAUCAGGAACGUGCUGUGAUCUAUUCCCCUCUCAACAUAUAAGGAAACAUGACUUUCAGAUGGAUAAAAUUACCAUGUUAAGAUUCAGGGAUUCUAUUCCACAUUUUGUCACUUACUUAAGGUGUUUAUUAGUCUAUUGUGAAUUUUCACAGAGAAAAUAUGAUCCCACAAUACUGAUUAUGACUUUUGAUAUGAUGCUGUAUGCCAAUUAUCUUUUGUUUAAAACGUAUGAGAUUUGUUCAAUUAGCUUAUUAUGCUGCUUUUGAUUUAUGUAUAUAAUGAUACGGUAAUAUAUGCUUACUAAAACUGCCAUGUAAAGACAGCAGGUAGUGCAAUUGGAGGGUAAAUUGUAGGAAGGCAAUUUUGAUCUGAAAUAUUUUGAUGGCUGUAACCUAUGCAAAUAAUAGUUUUAUACAUGUGUAGUCCUUUAUGCAUGUGCAUUUUAUAUGUAAAGUAUUUUCAUUCGAUUUAUGUGUUUAAAUAAAAAUGGUCUUCGUAA